AAAGGAGGGCUUUGAGGUGGCUCUAGCCGGGCCCAAGCUGAUCCCCUCUCCCCCCAGUGCGUCACUUGCCCCCAUCUGGGCCUCCCUGUGAGCCCGAUUUAACGGAAACUGUGGGCUGUGAGAAGUUCCUUGUGACACUCUAAUCCCAGCCUGCUGACUGGACCACGCCCCCGACAGAGGCAACUUCCAGGCUCCUGGAGAACACGGGCACCAGGUGCCCCAAAGAGGAGCUGCUGCCUUGGCAGGAAGGCAACUGCCUGGACAGGCCAGGACAGAAGAAGUGGAGUCUUUCUUUAUCUGAACCCUCCAAGUCUCCCAGAGGCAGCAUGUCAGAGGGGGCGGGCACAUUCCGCAUGGUCCCUGAAGAGGAACAGGAGCUCCGUGCCCAGCUGGAGCGGCUGACAACCAAAGACCACGGGCCUGUCUUUGGCCAGUGCAGCCAGCUGCCCCGCCACACCUUGCAGAAGGCCAAGGACGAGCUGAAUGAGAGGGAGGAGACCCGGGAGGAGGUGGUGCGGGAGCUGCAGGAGCUGGUGCAAGCGGAGGCAGCCUCGGGGCAGGAGCUGGCCGUGGCUGUGGCCAAGAGGGUGCAGGGAAAGGACAGCGCCUUCUUCCUGCGCUUCAUCCGCGCGCGCAAGUUCCACGUGGGGAGAGCCUACGAGCUGCUCAGAGGCUAUGUGAACUUCCGGCUGCAGUACCCAGAGCUCUUUGACAGCCUGUCCCUGGAGGCCAUCCGCUGCACUGUUGAGGCUGGCUACCCUGGAGUCCUUUCCACUCGGGACAAGUAUGGCCGAGUGGUCAUGCUCUUCAAUAUUGAGAACUGGGAUGCCGAAGAAAUCACUUUUGAUGAGAUCUUACAGGCAUAUUGUUUCAUCCUGGAGAAGCUACUGGAGAAUGAGGAAACUCAAAUUAAUGGCUUUUGCAUCAUUGAGAACUUCAAGGGCUUUACCAUGCAGCAAGCUGCUGGACUCCGGGCUUCUGAUCUCAGGAAGAUGGUGGACAUGCUUCAGGAUUCCUUCCCAGCUCGGUUCAAAGCCAUCCACUUCAUCCACCAGCCAUGGUACUUCACCACAACCUACAACGUGGUCAAACCCUUCUUAAAGAGCAAAUUGCUCCAGAGGGUCUUUGUCCACGGAGAAGACCUCUCUGACUUCUUCCAGGAGUUUGACGAGGACAUCCUGCCCUCUGACUUUGGGGGCACACUGCCCAAGUACGAUGGCAAGGUCAUUGCCGAGCAGCUCUUUGGUCCCCGGGCCCAAGCCGAAAACACAGCCUUCUGAGAACGUCUCGUGCCAUCUGACCUGUAGUUAGCACCCCUGGGUCUCUCCAAGGCCGUCCUGGACCUAGAAGGCUGGAGAAAGGGCUGCCUGGUGGUGACUGGUUUUCCCUGAAUCUCCCUAAGUUUGGGUGAACUCUGGUGUCACUCUCUUCCCAAGUUGGAGGACAAUAAAGCAGGGGAAUUCCCUUGAGCGAGAAUUGAGAGCAGUUACAUUCCUACUGCCUCUGAAGCUUUGGGACAGAGACUUGUGUCAGGGGAUUGAGUUUCAAGGAUUCUAACCAAGCUUCUUAAUGCUUUUGUGGUAGAGCUUUGCCAUUUAGGGUCUGUAAAAAUAGGCAAGGAGGCUGGGUGAAGAGUCUCUCCCCCACUAAAAAUACAAAAAAAAAAAAAAGAUGAAGAGGAGUUAUAUAAGUGUCAAAGAUGUGACAAGUAUAACAAUCUUGGUGGCCGGAAGGCAGGUGAGGGUUUUCCGCAUGGAAUUCCAGGGUGAAAGCUGCCUUGAAUGGCUCCAUUUUGGGAUGGUCUGGUCACCUGCAGUCAGGGGCCCUGUGAUGUGUGCAGUGAUGAUUAGGAACUUGGAUCUCCUUCAAGGGUGGCAGCGGUGUCCCUCUCCUUCUGUCCCUGGGAUCACUCCACCAAAACUCUCUCCUCCGGACCCCUGGCCUCAACAAACAGUUUUACUUAGGUUUACAGAUGGUAUCUUCUGAGAUCACUCUGCAAGUCCUGAAGUUACACAGUGAAGGCUCUUUGUCUUUGGUUUCAGGCACUUUACAGCAGUGAACUUCUACUUUUAAGUUCUGCCUAUUUUGACAAAUAUAAAUGCUUUCUUUCCUUUCUAUGGUA